UCAAAUUUAAGCCAAUUUUAUCAAAUUAAUCAACAAAUGAAUGCAGUUUAGUUUCAGCAGAAAGCCAAAACAAGACGUUCAGGUAGUUUUUUGAUGGGCAUGUAUUUUUGUAUAGACAGGAAGUUACACGGGCUGCCCCGCAGUCGACGUCACACAUCAACACAGCGCUGGCGUGUGUCACACAAGAUCAUCAUGAGACUGUCCCUGCUCCUCCCCCUCCUACAGUCCCCGCCCCUCAGUUGCUGCCAUCUCUCAGCCCUCUUGGCCAAUGGCGGUGCUGCGUUGUCCCACCGACGCCUCAGCACAGACUCGGGCUCCACCCCUCGGCCUGUGAUUGAUCAGGACUGCAUGGAGGUGUCGGGUCGCUCGUAUCCUCGCGACGACUUCACCAACGUGACGCCAAAGAUCUUAGCGAAGGUCGGCCGCGACCUUCACAACCAGCGUCACCAUCCUCUGUGGCUCAUCAAAGAGAGGAUCAAAGCCUUCUUCUACAGUUCUUACAUGGGUCGAGGAGGAAACCCGCUCUUCUCUGUCCACGACAACCUGAACCCUGUGGUGACCACGGAGCAGAACUUUGACAGCUUGCUGAUCCCGCCCGACCACCCCAGCAGGAAACAAGGUGACAACUACUUCCUGAACAGGACAACGAUGCUGCGCGCUCACACCUCCGCCCACCAGAGGGAGCUGGUGAAGUCUGGUCUGGAUGCUUUUUUAUUGGCUGGAGACGUUUACAGACGAGAUGAGAUCGACUCCUGUCAUUACCCUGUGUUCCACCAGAUGGAGGGAGUGAGACUUUUUACUGAACGCCAGGUCUUCUCAAAUGUCCCAGACUCAGAGGAGUUGUCUCUGCUGGAGCACAGUGGCAGGAGGACACCACACAAACAGGAGACUCACACUCUGGAGGCCGUGAAGCUUGUGGAGUUUAACCUCAAACAAACUCUGACACGACUCAUCACACACCUGUUUGGACAAGAUGUGGAGGUCAGGUGGGUAGGCUGUUACUUCCCCUUCACUCAUCCCUCCUUUGAGAUGGAGGUGCGUUUCCAGGGCGACUGGUUGGAGGUGCUGGGCUGUGGUGUGAUGGAGCAGCAGCUGCUCAACUCUGCAGGGGCGGGGGACAAGCUGGGCUGGGCCUUUGGUCUCGGGCUGGAGCGACUCGCCAUGGUUCUGUACCAGAUCCCCGACAUCAGGCUGUUCUGGAGUCAGGACGAACGUUUCCUCACACAGUUCAUCCUGGACGACAUUCACCAGCCUGUGUGUUUCCAGCCUCUCAGUAAGUACCCGCCGCUCCACAACGACAUUUCAUUCUGGCUGCCAGAGGCGGGGCCAGAGGCGGGGCCACAGAGCUUCACGGCGAACGACUUCUACGACCUGGUUCGUUCCAUCGGAGGAGAUCUGGUGGAGAAAGUGACACUGGUGGACGAGUUCACACACCCACAGUCCCGGAGGCGGAGUCAGUGUUACCGCAUCAUCUAUCGCCAUAUGGAGCGAACACUGUCUCAGCAGGAGGUUCGACUCGUCCACAAGGAGAUUGAAGACGCCGCUGAGGCUGAGCUGGGCGUGCAGGGCAGAUACUGACAGACAGACACACACACACACACACAGAUUUAUUCUCUGAAUAAAGUUUGUUUAGUUUUGAA